CUCCAUUUCUUGGCACACGCGUUGGUUGCGCAGUACCCGUGUGUGAUUGUCCGGAGGCAGAGUGAGUUUUGUCGGCGCAAUGUCUUCGGUACCAGCGAGUUUCUCCCAUCUCCUGGUUCUAUCCUCAAUCGCCGACACAGUUCGACCCGUCCUGCUCUGUAUUCUGCAGAUCCCCUUCGGUCGUUGCAUGUAGAAUUAACAACUUUGUAAAACUGUUUGCAUGUGAACCGAGUUCGAAGUCGCCAAAACUAUAUAUUAAUAUAAACAAUUUGCUUAAAAAAAAAAGCAUCCUGCGUUUUGAAAUUAAUUGCGUGUGAAGUGUGUUGGUCAGGAAUAUUAAAUUAAACCGUCUCCCGUUUUUGUUUCCCCAGAUUUCCAGUCCCGGCGGAUUUGAUUUCAUCCACACGGCAGAUCAAAACUGCAGAAGCAACGCUAUUAUUGUGACUUGUAUAUGAACACGAUGGAAGGGAGGGGAUGCCCAGAGGAAUUAAACCUCCGGCGAGGUGGCUGUGUGAUCCACUCCCACACCAAGCUGGAAAAUGCAUUCUAGGGCUUUGCAAACUGCGUGGAGGCGCUGGGGUUUGAUCGAGGGGACUGGCGAGGCGCGACCCGAAAGCGCAUGCAAACACGUGGCGCUGACCCCCGGCGCGCAGAGGAAAAGUCGCUUUGACACUAGGACGCAAAGCCGGAAGGAGACGGAUCCCUGAAGCCAACGCGAAGGAAGAUGGCACCAAUACUCUGGAAAGACGAUGACGAGCCGGAGCCAGGAGACCUGAUCGAGAUUUUCAGGACAGGUUAUAAACACUGGGCGCUCUACGUGGGCAGAGGAUACAUCGUCCACGUAGCCCCUCCCUGCGAACUGGCUCAGCCCAGUGCUUCCAGUUUAAUGUCGGUGGUUUGCGAAAAUGCUGUGAUCAGGAAGGACCUCCUGUGGGAGGUGGCGGGGGGGGACCACUACCGCGUCAACAACAAACUGGACAGCAAAUACCGCCCGCUGCCCGUCAACAAGAUCGUGCGGGAGGCAGAGCGGCAGGUGGGCAGGGAAGUGCCCUACAGCCUGGCAACCAGGAACUGCGAGCACUUCGUCACAGACCUGCGAUACGGCUGCCCAGAGUCCCAGCAGGGCUCCUCUGCUCUGUCUCUGCAGGUGAGGGAGGCGGUUGGGGCCGGCGUGGCGGCAGCAGCGGUGAUCAUCGGAGUGCUGUCCGUCAUCGGAUACAUCACAUCCCGGAAUCGGCAAGACAGGAACAAGCAGUGACUCCCCCCAUCCCCCAAAACCCAGCCCCCAGCUUUACAAUGCUUCCCUAUGCUUUCCCAGACCAUAGCUUCAAUAAAUAAAGAAUUCUAAUCAGUUCGAGUCUGAAAUACUUUAUUGAUAUUAUUGCACAGAUUAUAUACAGCAAGAUACCUCCGCGGGGGGAGGGCAGGACACGUGAUGGAUCUGCCAGAGCAGUGAAUGUUCCCUCUCUCUCCAUCCUCUGACACACCAGGGACACCACACUGAGGUCCUUCCCCACUUCAGAAGAGAGAUUUCAAAUCGAGGGAAGCUGCAGGAAAUCCUCGCGUUCCGAUUCCCUAGAUGAGCCGUCCCGUUCAAACAAUACAAAAAAAUUCAAAAUAAAUAAAUCAGACUAACGCAAUUCACCUGAACGUUUAAAAACCACUACCCAGGAUCAGGAAAAAAAUAUCUAUAUAAUCACAGCAGCGAGGGUCGGAUUUGUCAAUUACAUUUUUUUUUUUAAAACAAAU